ACCAACAAUGAACAAUUUCAAAGGUGUUGUUCAUCCUGAAGAUAUAUCGCUAGUCAAACUCAUGGAAAAGGAAUAAUCAAACAAAUCUAUCAAUUACAUUGGUUGUGAUCCUGGUAUGGUUACCUUUCUCACUACUGUGAUAUAACGGCCAGUCAGGUUGGAUUCCGCUUAGCUCUAUCAAACAAAUUUGAAGCAUUGGCGCCUUUGGCUGAAGAAGCAAAAAAACGAUCAGGACUUCCGAUUUAAUAUGCUGAAGGCUCAGAAAUUAACCAUUAGCUUGAAGUAAAUCCAUUCGAAUGCUCAUAUCAAGAAAUAAAGUAAAGUACUCGAACGAAGAAAAAAGCUUUGGAGCAAAAGAAGGUAGCCAUGGAAGGUCGAAAAAGUAUUUCAGAGUUGGAAUCAGAAUUAUCAUCCCAUAUUUCGACUGAUACAACAAAGGUCAAAGAAAAUCAUGCUACAAUCAAGUCAUACCAACAACGAUUGUCUUCAUUUUAUUCUUACAACAAUGCUGAUCAACGCGCAAAACGAAAUCAACCAAUAUUGAAUCGAAAAGCAUAUUCUUUGGAAGCAAACCUCCACCGUCAGAGAUGUAGCAAUACCAGCAACAAGAACGACAAAAAGGACAAAUCGCAAAACAAACUCAUCAACAACAUCAGUCAAAACUCUAUCGUCUGUCAUACUGAUGAAUUUCGAUCAACAAAGUUGUGUUCCUUGUGUCACCAACCUAUUCAUCAUCCUAAGAAAAAUAUUAAAGGAAAGGUAUCGCCAAACUAUGGUGCCGUUACAUGUGAUAAUCCUGAUUGUUUUUGUCGAAAGUAUGGAUUCGUGGAUCGUAGCCGUGAUUUGAAUACAGCCACCAACAGGAUUAUGAUUGAUAUUGAACAAUUGGCUUCCGACCCUCUUGCACUUUGAUUGAUGAAGAUAGUAACAACAACAAAAUGUCUACUUACUUCGAGGCUGUACAUCCUGGAUUGGUCGAAUGCAGCAAUCGUUAGCCCAUGAUCUAGAAGGAAAUUUUUAAUUGUAAGUACAUACUUCAUAUAUAAGAUAUAUAUCUUAUAGUGAUCAC